UGUGGACCCAGCAGGGAAAGGCUCCUAGCUGGGCAGCCCUAAGGCUUGGUGUGGAGGGAAAGCAGCCCCUUCCCCACUGCCCUGAGGUGGUUCUGUCCACGAGGGUCCCGGUGUGAGCAAGAGCAGCUGCUGCAGUUCAGUUAGAAGAUGAGAUGCUAAUGAAUCACCAACUGAUUUUACAAGAGGAUUCUUUGCUGCUUUUGUGGCCACAAUAAAAUAAUUGGCAGACUCGAGCCUUCUAAUGCCUUCAUUUCUAGGAAAAAUAAUACAAGAGGGUGUAUUGCUCUAGUCAGUCCUUAAAUGGGAAACUUAUCUCCUGAAUUGAGAUGGGUUUUGGCACUUUGCUACAUGUGUGAAACCAGACAGCUUUAUUACCUUGGCUAGAGAACGAGAUAUCGAUGUCAUUGUUAUUAAUAUUAUCUGAUGGAAUAAUCGGCAAUUUGCUUUUAGAGAGAAAUGGGUCUGUGGUGUGUCUUCUUACUCCUACCCUGCACAGAAAAUCCCUGGAUGAGCAUUGCCAGGGUAAUUUUCUUUGCAGUCAGUAGCCACUCCGAGUGUGUUCCUGACCACCUGCAGCUGCUUACAGCUGGGUAAACUGAAUUCUAAUCGCCUUUUAAGUGUAGCUAAUUACAGGGGCUGCUUUUGUAUGGUGAAUUUUGUUUGGACUUAAACACGAAGUGGGGCCUAUUUGUCACUUUUAUUUCCUGCUAGUAAAACACACCGAAGUUAUGGUGUAGCCCUGAGAUGUCUCUCUGUCUCAGUCCUCACUUCUUUUAAGGUGCAGAUAGUCCAUUUGUUCUCUGGGGUAAUUCAGAGAAGCAGCUAUUCUGCAGGAGCCAGCUUAAGUGUGGUUUUCAUAGGCAGGUAGUUUUGUCUUUUGAAUUUUAAGAGUGAUUUAAUUCAGAGGAGAGAUGCAGGGGGUGGGAAAGGGAGGGAAAGGGAGCAGCACCAUCCACUUGUAGGAAGGGGAACAAUCCCUUCCAAUUGACAGUUCCUUUGGGAAGAGCUGCUGGAGUAGGAAAGGAUGAGAGACUAAGUGGCAGGAGGAAGCUGGAGGGGAACAGUUUGUUUUCUUACAGUAAACCCUGACUGUGCCUUCUUGAAGGCUGUGUAGGCAGCACUGUAGCACACAUUGAUACAGACACUUUUCCUUUUUUUGUCAUCUUGUACUUUGAAAUACAUGUGUUCCCUAUUUUCUUGUUUUAUCAACUUCUCCCUCUGUCAUUUAUAAACCAAAUUUAGGAAGGCAGGGUCACUGCCUCAAGCAGUGAUACAAUACACCAUGAUAUCACAGAGGAUGAAAGAUUGGGGAAAAAAAGUGACAUGGAGAACGUGGUCACGGAUUCAGGAAGCUGAGGGCGGGAGAAAGGAGUCAGUUGGAGUGGAUAUUGUAGAUGUUGAGCAAAUGGGAGGAGAGGUGACUAAAGAAGAGCAUGUGCAUAUGUAGAAAGUCAUGAACUUGUCUCUGCCCACUCCGAGGGAGAAGAUAUUGUGGGAAACUUGGUUAUACAAGAGUUGGGACUCAACAUCCUUAGAGCGGCUCUGAGUAGGUGUCUAAGCCAAGCCCGAGUAGUCCCCAGGAAUGUUAACCUGUCCCUGCGGAGCUGGGUUAUCUCCUGGAUUCCGUGGUAGAAAUGGACUUUCACCUCACAGGUUGUGAGAAUAGUUCCAUCAGGCGGUCGUGCUGUCACCUCUAGUGCCUGGGCACUGUCCCUGGAGGAAAAGGACUGUGACACAUUGGACACAGUAAGAAAGGACUGGCCUUGACAAGGCCUCUUCCAGCUCAUUGUUGUUCUUAUGAUGGAUAUGCCAUAAGGAUAUGGAUAUAGAUAGAUCCAUUAUGCACAAUUGGAAUAAAGACUUGAGUUGGUGUUUGGCUGAGCUCUUCUCUUUAUUACAUGACUAAAUAAAUUGAAGCCAUUUUUCCUUUUGUGGAAAUAAAUAAUCCUUGCUGUCCCAGCCCUAUGUAUGAUUUCCAUUUUUAACUUGCCAGUAAAACAUAAAUAUUGUGGUUAUAUAUUACCCGAUUGUUACCAUUCAGGCAAAAUGCACCAGAGCCAGAGUUCCUUGAAACAAUGUAUGCGUGUGAUGGAUGGUGCUGCAGAGGAGGUGACACAGUGGUGACUCAGUCCUCAGUGAGGUUCAAACCCUUCCUGCUGCACUGAAAGCCUGUUCCUGCCAAGGCAACUCAGGAAAUGCACCCACUCUGCCUUCUAGGAAAGCUGGGGUAAUUAACUUAAGUGUGGGAUAAGGCUUUUUGGAGACACAUGUGAUGUUCCUUUGGAACACAAUAAAUCAUUUUCAUAUUAAAAGCUGGAGGAAGACCCAGAGUCAUAAACCCCCUUUUGUACCAAUUUUGCUGCCUUUCCACAAGGCUGGGUGGUCAGUGAGCUCAGUCCUGGGAGGAUUAAACUAAUAGUCCCUGCUGUUAUUGCUGCAGGGAAUCCCAGGUGAUGGCAAACCUCCCUUACGCCGGGGAGUAAAUCACAUUAUCUGCUUUAUGCACCAUUAUUGUAAAGUGGGUUCUCAUUUGAGACACUGCAGUGGCUUUAUGGCUCCCCGAGCAGGGAGGGGGACUUUGCCCCUCGCUCAGCUUUAAUAUUCCCCCAUUCUUCUCUUUCCAGAGAAGGGACAAAAACGAGUGUUUGGCAGCCACUGGCUUGGGUUUUUCAGUAGAAUGUCCUUAGUGAGAUUUGCAGAGGUUGCUGCAGAUGAAUUCCCCAGAGAUUUUGUCUCUCUAUUUUCUUGUGUAGUUGCAGCGUUGAGAGAAAUUGCCAUUCCUAAUAGCCAAGAAAAUAUGGUUACUGUUGAUUUUUGGGGUUUUUUGGUGGUGUUUUUCUCUGAAUUUCUGAGCUUUCCUUUGAAGCACUGAGUUCACUGGGUUCAGCUUGUGUCCAAAACACUCAGACACUGAGCACAAAACAGCAGUGACUUUGCUGUUAGUGUUUUUCUCUUAGAGCACCAUUCACUGCCACUCCCUGAGUGUUCGAGGAGUCACGGGUGCACGUGUGGGGUAUCACACAUGGGUGUUGUGAUGGCUCAGGGGGUCUGAUGCUGAGGGCAGGAAGGACAUUUCUGCUGGAUAGGAAAUGAGACACUUUGCCUCCUAGAGCAGUGCUUUCCCAUCCUCUGCAGCUGAAUGCAGUACAUGGGGAAGUUGCUGAUUUAAUAACACAGCUCCAGAGGAAACACCAUCCCACAGGAACAGGAGGGAGGAGCUGGAGAGUGUCCUGGAGGACGAAAGGAGUUUUCAAGCGAGAUUUCCAAAAGAGAUGAAGAACUCUUCAGACAAUGACACAAAGGUGCUUUCCAGGCAUCAGGAGCUGCAGAGAAGCUUUGCUAUUAAUGAGAUGUUCUGGAUUGGAUGCAAAAAGCAAAAACUAAGAGAAAAAUUGGAGGUCUGUGACACCAGCAGGUCCCAGAGGGUGUUGAAAAAAGGAAGAGCAAGGCUGGUGUUUAUCACUCCUAAUUGUUUGCUGCAGUUAAUUUGCUGGUACUAAUGAGAUCCUGAGCUCAAGCGUUGCACUCAGCCAUGUUGCUGAAGAUCACCUUGUCUUCUGGAAGCAGAAACACAGUGAACAGAUGAAUCCCUCCAGCCAGACAUUCCUCCAGUAGAUCCCUCUCCUCAUGGAACACCCCAGCAGGGAGGAGAUGGACUUGAAAGAGGAAGGUUCCCAGGUGUGGGCUGAGUCUGCAGCACAGGAACAGAGCACUGCUCAGGUGCACUUUGUCCCCGAGGGGGGGGCGGUGGCGCAGAUCGUGUACAGCGAUGAGCAGGAGCGGGGCCCGUCCCAGCAGGUGGUUUACACGGCCGAUGGCACCUCCUACACCUCGGUGGACACCUCGGAGCAUACCCUCGUUUACAUCCACCCCGUGGAGGCUACCCAGACUCUGUUUACAGAUCCAUCCCAAGUGGCUUAUGUCCAACAGGAUGCCACCACCCAGCAGGUAACGGUGCUCUUGCCUGCUGCUGCUCAGAGCAUGAACCCCACCAACCUGUCCGUGCUCGGCAGCGUUGCCGACCCCCCCCAGCCAGUGGCUCUGGAGCAGGGGCCACAAGCAGAUAGAGCAUCGUUACCGGUGCAUAACCAGGUGUUACCUCCCAUGGAGGCAGUGGAUGGUUCUGACCCUUUAGCACCUCUGCGGAAUCAAAUGGAAAGGAUAGAAACAAAAGAGGAGGAUGAUGAGGAUGAAGAUGAGGAUGAAGAUGGGGAAGACUCUGACAUGGAUGAAUGGGAUCCGGAUCCACCUCGACCCUUUGAUCCCAAUGAUUUGUGGUGUGAGGAGUGCAAUAAUGCACACCCCUCAGUGUGUCCCAAACACGGCCCUCUGCACCCCAUCCCCAACCGGCCUGUGCUGACCCGGGCGAGGGCCAGCCUGCCCCUGGUGCUCUACAUUGACAGGUUUUUGGGAGGAGUGUUCUCCAAACGGCGCAUCCCGAAGCGAACACAGUUUGGGCCUGUGGAAGGGCCCCUGGUCAGACAAACCGAGCUCAAAGAUUGCUACAUCCAUUUGAAGGUUUCUCUUGAUAAGGGUGACAGAAAAGACAGAGACUUGCAAGAGGACCUGUGGUUUGAACUUUCCAGUGAGGCUCUAUGUAACUGGAUGAUGUUUGUGCGUCCAGCCCAGAACCACCUGGAGCAGAACCUGGUGGCUUAUCAGUAUGGCCACCACAUCUACUACACCACCAUCAAAAACGUAGAGCCCAAGCAGGAACUCAAGGUGUGGUAUGCUGCCUCUUAUGCUGAGUUUGUGAACCAGAAGAUCCAUGACAUAACUGAGGAGGAAAGGAAGGUUCUCAGGGAGCAGGAGAAGAACUGGCCCUGUUACGAGUGCAAUCGGCGUUUCAUGAGCUCAGAGCAGCUCCAGCAGCACCUCAACUCCCAUGACGAGAAGCUGGACUUCUUCAGCAGAGCCAGAGGCCGAGGUCGUGGGCGAGGGAAGAGGAGGUUUGGACCAGGCAGACGCCCCGGGCGCCCUCCCAAAUUCAUGCGCGUGGAAGUAACCAGUGAAAAUGGGGAAAAGUGUGAAGAAGGGACACAGGACUUGCUGCAUUUUUCCAGCAAGGGGCAGUUUGAUGAGGCCGGACAAGCCACCCUGAACGGGCUGGAGCAGCAGGAGCAGACUCCGGUGCCACCGGAGCCGCAGCCGGCCCUGGAGCAGCAGGAACCCCCCGCGCUCCAGGUGCAGCCACAGCACGAGGGCAGCGCGGGGCCCACGCAGAGCACCAUGACAGCAGAUGACAUGAGGAGAGCCAAGCGCAUCAGGCUGGAGCUGCAGAAUGCAGCUCUGCAGCACCUGUUCAUCCGGAAAUCCUUCCGGCCCUUCAAAUGCCUGCAGUGUGGGAAGGCCUUCCGGGAGAAGGACAAGCUGGAUCAGCACCUGCGCUUCCACGGCCGGGAGGGGAACUGCCCCCUGACCUGUGACAUCUGCAACAAGGGCUUCAUCAACAGUGGUGCCCUCGAGAGCCACAUGAAGUUCCACAUGGACCAGAAAACCUACUCCUGCAUCUUCUGCCCCGAGUCCUUUGACCGCCUGGAUCUGCUCAAAGACCACGUGGCCAUCCAUGUCAACGACGGCUAUUUCACCUGCCCCACCUGUAAGAAGCGCUUCCCAGAUUUCAUCCAGGUCAAGAAGCACGUGCGCAGUUUCCACUCUGAGAAGAUUUACCAGUGCACAGAGUGUGACAAGGCUUUCUGCCGCCCCGACAAGCUGCGGCUCCACAUGCUGCGGCACUCGGACCGCAAGGACUUCCUGUGCUCCACCUGUGGCAAGCAGUUCAAGAGGAAGGACAAGCUGCGAGAGCACAUGCAGAGGAUGCACAACCCGGAGAGGGAGGCUAAGAAGGCCGAUCGGAUCAGCCGCUCGAAAACCUUCAAGCCCCGGAUCGCGUCCACCGACUACGAGAGCUUCAUGUUCAAGUGCCGCCUCUGCAUGAUGGGCUUCCGCCGCAGGGGCAUGUUGGUGAAUCAUUUAUCCAAGAGACAUCCAGACAUGAAAAUAGAAGAGGUGCCAGAGCUCACGCUGCCCAUCAUCAAACCCAACAGAGAUUACUUCUGUCAAUACUGUGAUAAGGUGUACAAGAGUGCCAGCAAACGCAAAGCACACAUCCUGAAGAACCAUCCUGGUGCUGAGCUGCCUCCAAGCAUCCGGAAGCUGCGUCCUGCAGGCCCGGGAGAGCCGGAUCCCAUGCUGAGCACCCACACUCAGCUCACAGGCACCAUUGCCACCCCUCCCGUGUGCUGCCCUCACUGCUCCAAGCAGUACAGCAGUAAGACAAAGAUGGUACAACACAUCCGUAAGAAGCACCCGGAGCUCGCUCAGCUCCCGAACACGAUCCAUGCCCCGCUGGCCACAGCCGUCAUCAGCUCCACCCCCGCUGUCCUGGCCACCGACAGCACCACCGGCGAGACCGUCGUGACAACAGAUUUACUGACCCAGGCCAUGACAGAGAUAUCCCAGACCCUCACCACGGACUACCGGACUCCCCAGGGGGAUUACCAGCGCAUCCAGUACAUCCCUGUGUCCCAGUCCACAACUGGCUUGCAGCAGCCUCAGCACAUACAGCUGCAGGUUGUUCAAGUGGCCCAGGCUACCUCACCUCACCAGUCCCAGCACUCCACAGUGGACGUUGGGCAGCUCCAUGACCCCCAGACAUACACACAACAUGCCAUCCAGGUGCAGCACAUCCAGGUCACAGAGCCAUCGCCAGCAGCUCAGUCAUCACCACAGGUUGGAGGUCAACCUUUGAGUCCCUCCUCACAACAACCCCAGCAGGAACUCAGCCCUUCACAGAUGCAGACUGUGACACCGACACCAAACCAAGGCCUGCAGCAGCAGGGCUCCUCAGUCCAGCACACGUAUCUCCCCAGCACUUGGAACUCCUUUCGGAGCUACUCAUCAGAGAUUCAGAUGAUGACCAUUCCCCAAGGGCAGUACGUGAUCACAGAGACCGCUGUGGGUAACCCGGUCACCACUGUCAACACGGGGCAAGUGAAAGCAGUUACUCAGACUCACUAUGUGAUCUCGGAGGGUCAGCCCGACCUGGACAAACAAACGUCCUCGCUGCCCAGCGAGGUACAGGUGGGUGUUUCCCAGCCCCCAGAGCCCCUGGAGUCCCAGCCGAGCAGCCAACAGCAAACCACCCAGUACAUCAUCACCACCACCACCAACGGCAGCGGGGGCAGCGAGGUGCACAUCACCAAACCCAGGACUUUCUCAGCAGAACACGAGUGAAGCAGCCCCACAGUGUCAUCUACUUGUCUUGUCACCUCCCUGACAGCCCAGAUGUGGGGGUACCCUGGGGCUCCAUAUGUUUUGAUCUCUGUUCACUUACCUUCAACUAAAAUCUUGAAGCUCUUGUUAAUGCUUUAAGAGGAUUUAAGUCCCCAGUGACCAUGAAGUAUGCUCAAAGUCCUUCUGGGAUGCUUUUAUGCAGCUUUUAACAAAAAGGACAAGAGAAGUGAAACCUCUCCUUGCCCUGGAUUUUAUUUUUGGCAUGUCUGCUGACCCUUACUUUUCCUUUUUGGAAGUGUCCCCAGCGAACAACUUUUUAUUUCAAUUGUAUGGGAAAAGCUUGCCUAGCUGAAGGCAUCCUGGCAGAUUGUUGUAUGUAUAUUUUUAACGGGAGCCUUUAAACAGGAGGACAUCAUGUAAAUUGCCAGAGUUUGGCAAAACUGCUUCCUGUGGCUUUGUUUCAGCAGCCAAGGUGAAAGGGAAUGUCCCAGCUCAACAUGAGCAGACUGCCUGGAGAAAGGAGCAGCAGCAGCCAAGUGGUGGCUCCUUGUGUCCCUGUGUGGGGAUGGAUCAAGCAGUGAAGAUGUGCCGAAGCAGUCCAUUAAAUUAUCCUUUUUCCAUCCCUCCAGAACUGUUUACAUGCUGUUUGCCCUGCCCUGUGUUACCCAGCAGUUCCACAAAGAAGGAAAAGGGGAGUCUUGUUGUUGGACAAAGUGACUGAAAUCAUAGUAGCACCCGAUGGUACUAUGGAGCCACCGUUGACUCUCUUCCCUGCACUGUUUGGAGGGAAGGUCGCUUUUUUGCCUGUAAACAAAAAAAAAAAGGCUCAUCUUAACCUGCACUUUUGACCUAAGAUAGUUGUGCCAGGAGAAAAUGAGGGUACAGGAGCACUGCUCUGAAGGGACUGGGUCCUUAUCUCUGUGGCCCCCUCAAAGUGAACAUGUUUCUCCCCUUCAAGACUGGAUGGAGAGUUGGUUACUCUGAUUUUUUUCUAAAUAACCUUGUUAACAAUGCACUGUAAUUCCUUUGGACAGUUCCAUAAAAAGACCAGCCCUGGACUCAGGAAACACUCCAGAAACAUGCUUGUGGACCACUAUUUAUGGGACACAGAAAGCCAUCUGUGAGGGUUGCCUGCUUUGGUGGACCUGGUCCGUGUACAGAAUUCAUGUUGCAUUUAGGGACCAGGAGAAAGGGAAAGAGAAGGUUUAUCUCUUAAGGCAGUAUAAUAUUUUUUUCCUUACAUAAUUCUCCUUCACAGGUCUUGUUGGUUGGUUGUUUGAUGCUUCCGGUAGUUGCAGGAAUAUGUCUAGAACUCCGUUGACUCCCGAUGGGAUACACCAUGUAUGUCUGAACCUCCAUUCUCUGCUGGAAAACUCGUCCCAGAAUGUCUGUGCAUAACAGGAUACAUUUAUUUAUAAAACAAUAACAAAGAAGGAUGUUGUGUCUUAGAGGCCCUUAAGACAGAAGAACUUAGAGAGGUUUUUUUUGAUUUGUUUUCUCUUGUGCUGCACUGAGUGUGAAUGCAGGACUCAUGUUCAUGAGCAUUCCCAUGGAUUUAAGUGAGGAUUACCCAUGAGUAAGCACUAUAGAUUGUGAUAUCAGGUUUUAUGGAGUUAAAGUUCUUAGACACAGGAGAACUUCACACUCAGGCUGGACAAGAGGAGGUCUGGUUCCUUGUGGGCAAAGCCUUGUAGCGGGUAUUGCUUUGGUAAUUAACAGAUCUGUUAAUAUGGCGUGGAAAGAGAAAUGAGAGAAAUCAGAUGGCAAAUCCUGGCCAGCUCAGAACUGUUCUGAGGUAGCUUUAAAGAGACUUGCCAAAAUGGGGAUUAAUUUAUUCCUGGAAUUUCACUUCUCUUGCUGUACCACCAUCUUGGGGCAUCAGUUAGCUGGAUAAAUUUAAGUAGGACCAGAGCUGCCGUUUAGUGCAGUGAUGAGUGACUUUAAAUUUCAUCGAUUUGGGAGCCUAUUGACUGUGGUAGCGUGGCCAAGUGACCACAAUGCCUACUAAUUAAUUUGAAUUUCUAUUGCUGAGGACUUUGGAAUUACAAUGUCAGGCCUUGUGAUGAUGUUGGUGUGGGAGAAGGGGGAGAUCUUGUCUUGGCUUUCUUCAUGCUGCUGCUUACUUAAUAAAGAGCCAAAAAUAGUAUUAGUAGGAAAAUAGCAGACUUGGAAAUAUCCAGGGCAAUACUGCCCGACAGCAGCAGUUUUAAAGUCUUAAAUGUUUGACAAUAGAUGAACAUCAGACUUGUUCCCAUUAACAGUGUUGCACAUGUGGAGUUUAAAACUAUUUUGCUCUAUUCACCUUUGUUGGAACGGUUUAUGAACAAGGACAGUUGUACCAGUUAUUUAAAACGGAAAACUACAACAGAAAACCAUUUUAAAACUCAAAUCUUUUUAAGUUUUUGAACUCAAAUCUUCCUCAUCAAAGUUUUUACUCUGUCCCUCAGCAGCAUAGUCAGGCCAUCAGCCUGACAUAACUGAAGUGAUUCCAAGUGUCCCAAGUUAAACUAAUGCCCUGUUAUGGAAGAAGCAUCCCUGGAAAUGGAAGUACUAUGAAUUUUCCUUCCAAAGUAAGGAACUACAUUGAUUGCACAGUUGGCAAAAAGCAAGCAAGAAAAAAAAAGACAAUGAUUGCAUGGAUUCUUUUUUUCCCAUUUCUGCAGUGCAGAAGGUAUAGGAUGUAUUAUUAUUAUUAUUAUUAUUAUUACUAUUAUUAUUAUUAUUAUUGUUAUUAUAUUUUUAAACCAGAGCAACCCAAAGAUCUCUCCAGUCAUGUCCCACAGGAGCGUAACUCCAGAGUCCUCUUGGUUGCCUGCAAGGUCUAUGUUUUGCUCGGGGAUUCAGGCUCCUCAGGGUCUAAUGCUGUCCCCUGGAGGUGUUUUUAGGUCAGAUCCUGUAUUUUCCUGGAGGAAAAAGAAAACAACCCCAACCCACGCACCCUGACCGUGCACCUCUUGGACUGCUCGGGCCCCAUCUCUUAUUUAAGUGUGUAUGUUUAUUGUACAUUUGGUGACUGUUGUUGUGUUCAGAGUCUCGUGCAACCUGGCAGGUGUAAAAAACAACCCCCCCCCCCCGAAAUUAAUAAAUCUUUUUCUCUUUUUUUUUUAAA